UCGGCGUCUAAGCUCACCCCUCAAUCUCACACAUAUCUUUCCUCUCUCUCUCUUGCCCUUUUUUCCCUCUCUCUCUCUGUAACACUAACCCUAACCCUAGCUCACCAACCAGGAUUCGACAUGAAGGGAGGUAAAUCCAAGUCAGAUACUAAGAGCGCCAAGCUCUCUGUGAAUAAGAAGGCAGCCACGAAAGGUGGAAGGAAAUCGGGGAAGGCGGUCAAGGAUCCAAACAAGCCAAAGAGGCCUGCCAGUGCCUUUUUCGUUUUCAUGGAGGAGUUCCGUGAGCAAUACAAGAAGGAUCAUCCUAAAAACAAAUCCGUGGCUGCUGUUGGCAAAGCUGGUGGAGAUAAGUGGAAGAGCAUGUCUGAAGCUGAAAAAGCACCUUUUGUUGCUAAGGCAGAGAAGCGGAAGACUGAGUAUGAGAAGAACAUGAAAGCCUACAAUAAGAGACAGGCUGAGGGUCCCAAAGAUGAUGAAGAGGAGUCAGAGAAGUCUGUGUCUGAGGUCAACGAUGAGGAGGAUGAUGAAGAAGGCAGUGGGGAGGAAGAUGAUGACGAGUAGGAAGGUCGAGGGAGGAUAGCAUAAUCAAUGUUAGGCUGUGAUAGUGUUUGAUCAUCUUAUGUUAAUGCUUUGAUGUUUCCAUGUUAUUCUUUUAGAUGCACAUGUCAUCUAAGGGAAAUGUACCUCUGAAUCCUGUGGUUUCUUUUGACCUUCAGAAAUUAUUAGUUGUAGAUGGGAGAUUUGCUGCUGCUAUAAUGUACUUUUGAUUUAAAGUUGAAUGGCUUAGAUAAAUCUUUGUAGAGAAUUAGUCCACCUAACAUGCAUGUUGGUGUUCUUUCA